UACUUCCAGAAUUCUUAUCAAAGCACCUCCCCUGUAUGUCAAGGCUGAAGAGCACAGCUCAGGUCUCCAUUCUCCCAGACAGAGGGCAUUUGCGAUUGCUGUCAGGUGAAUUAACUACCAAGUGAAGUAUGGACAGUUUUAAGGUUGAAGGGCUUGUGACCGCUCCCUUUACACCAUUCAAAGGCAACGGGGACAUAAACUUUGAAAUGUUUCAGUCCUAUGCCGAUUAUCUAGUGAGCAUGGAAAUUUCUGCAGUUUUUGUGAAUGGAUCCACAGGAGAGGGACUCUCUCUUACUGUUGAGGAGAGAAAACAAACACUUGAAGCUUGGGUAAAAGCCGUCAAAAACAGAAUGACGAUCAUAGCACACGUUGGCGCUCUCAAUAUAAAAGACUGUCAAGCACUGUCUCAACACGCCCAAGCAGCAGGUGCUGAUGCAAUUGCUAGUAUGGCCUCGCUCUAUUAUAAGCCAGCCACAGAAGAGGAUCUUGUGGCGUAUAUGAAGGAGGUGGCGGCUGCUGCACCUAAGUUACCUUUCUACUACUAUGACAUUGACUUCAUGACAGGAGUCAACCUGAACAAUGCGAAGUUUUUGCGCCUAGCCGCCCCAGCCAUCCCGACUCUUAAAGGAGCAAAGGUUUCCUCGAGAAGUCUACAGGGCAUUGCGGACUGUUUGACAGAGAUUCAAGGGACCAAGAUGCAAAUUAUGAUGGGAAGUGAUGAGCAAUUUUUGGCUGGGUUAGCCUUUGGUGUGGAUAUUCCAAUCAUGAAUUCCUUUGUGGCUCCUAUGUUCCACCGUAUGAUCAAGGCAUUCAAGAAAGGAGAUAUGGAUGCUGCUAAAAAGGAACAGUACCGUUGCUUGCAAGUUUCCAAGAUCAAAGCAAAAUAUGGCGGCGGGUUUGCAGCCAGUAAGGCAGUGAUGAACGUGAGCAGCGGUCUGGACAUGGGACCUCCACGACUCCCACUGAAAUCAUACAGCAAAGAAACCACGGAAAAAAUCAAGAAUGAAUUAACGGAGGCCGGUUACUUUUACUGGAUGAAAGAAACAUGGAAAUAGUUUAUCUGGUCAGCAGAUGUAUUGGUUAUCAGAAAAGUUAUCACAAAUACCACUUGCAAGAUGAACAAGCAUAUUUUGUACGUUUUGAUAGGAUAAUUGAUAUCUAAUACAUAAACCAUGUGAUACACAUUGAGAUUUUUCUAUCUCAAUAUGUAUCACAUAGUUUACUUAUUAGAAAUGUUUCAAACUGAACGUGAAAUUGUGAACACUUUAUAGGAUAAUAUAACAACUGACAAUCUGAUAUUGACACUGAAAUAAGUAAACUGAAUGCUCAAGAAACAGAUUUAUUCAAGUGUACCUACAUGGAAAUAUGCUACACUUAUUCAGGGAUGUUCCUCCGAUUUCCAAAUCUUCACACAUACCUGUAUCAGCACUGAAUAAAAAUUAGCAACUUUG